CACAUUAUUAUUUUUAUAAUUAUUUUCCAGAUGAGUGUAUGUCACAGCAAACCAACGACAAAAAUUACACUGCAAUGAAAAAUGAUUCUUAUGAAGAAUCUAGUAAAGAUAAACAUGACAAAGAUGAAAAAUUCUAUGACUUGGACUUGUUUUCAAAUAAUUUAGAUCAACAGUGCCAGGAGGAAAAUGUCUUACUGUUUGAAAAUGAAAUACCCGUCAUAUCAACUAUUCCGAAUAUUUUAACAAACCAGCUAAACGAGGGUUCCGCUGAUGUUAUACAACAGUUGAAAUCUGCGAUUGAAAUAAAUGAUACAAUGUGCUUAUUUACGUCAGUACAUCGAUGUAGAUCAAACAUUAUCGAAAAACAUUAGCAACAAAUUAAAAAUAAUUAUGUCAAGAGAGAUUGCAUUAAAAUACACGGCAAUUAAAGAGAUAAACGGGAAAAAAGUUUUCAAAAGAACUCGUCUGUAUCAGUAUAUUGAAGACAUAUAUAUCGGAUUAAAUAUAAAGGGAGAAUAUAUUAAAGAAUCCCACAUUUUGAAGACAAUCAGCAAUACUUUGUCGAAUGCAAAAGACUGGGAGGGACACCGAAAGGAUCGAAUUAAAAACCAAACUCUAAACGCCUAAUAACUGUCUUUUCAAGUUGUUAAUUUUUUAAAAUUAUUCUUAAAUUAUUCCUUAAUUGUAUUUCUCAUUUUAUCAUCCAUAUAGAAUAAAAAGUUCACACAAUAGUUGAAACAAUUUUGUUCAAUGUUUUAACAUAUUAAUACUUUCAUAUAACUUCCAUAUUUAAAUGUCCAGAUUAACAGUGCUUAAAAAAUUUAUGUUAAUAUAAUUUUGGAUAUAAAACAUUGAGUUUCUAUUGAAUAUCAUUUUCUGUGAACAUUUAGAUCUUUUCCGAACAUUGCAACGUCAAAUUCUAUACGGACAUGUGUAUGUAAAAAUAUUAAGAGAGAAUUAUCGAAAAUUAAAUAUUUUAUAUUUUGUUAUAUAUAUUUUUAAUGAAAAAUAUUAAAUUUUAUUUUUAACGUCUGGAUGUCGAUUAUAAAAAUAAGAACUGCGUGAGAACUAGCUAUCGCCACAUCAUGGCUAGAUAGUACAACAUCAGAACUACCGUGCGCCACACCACGGCUAGAUAGCACUACACUAGAGCUAGCUAACGCCUGACUAGUCGAUUAAAUCGGGUAUUAAACUGGAAGAAUGUGAUGAUUUUAUGUCUGGCGCUAGUCUACAUGCCAUACUAGCUCCUUAUCAGGCAGUGGGGCAAGUAAGUUAGCGCCAGCCUAGCACCAUGGUGAUUUUUCUACCAGGGAUAAAAGU